AUGACGACCGCAAUCCCCUCCAUCGCCUGCCUGGGCGUCAUCGGCCGCAACUCGCUAAAGCCAAAGAAACAGAACAACCCGCUGCACGUCUCCAUCUUCCCCUCGCACGACGCCGCAACCAACACGUUCACGCCGAUCCGCAGCCCGCUCCAGUUCUCGCUCCUCCUCUCCUCGACAAUCGACGUCUUCGAGCUCCGCGCCAAGGCAAACGCCGCGUCGGGCGUCGGGCUCUCCGGCGACGUCGGCCUGCUCCACGCCAUCGACGACCGGCUCGCCGCGUACGGGUACGAGACCAACACAGGCGUGCGGAUGGUGUGCGUCGUCGACAUGCGCGGCAGGAGGAUAGAAGCCGCGGGCGGGAGGCAGGCCGCCGCGGGCCUGCGUGAGACGGAGCUGAAGCCCGUGUUUCGCGCCAUGCAGAGCGCCUACGUGCGGCUGCUGCAGAACCCCUUUUACGAGCCGGAUGAGCAUGCGCCGUUGGGGGGUGCCGGUGGCAAGAGGAUCGUGAGCAGGAGGUUCGACAGCGAUAUGAGGAGGAUUGGGGAGGCGUGGACGCCGGGUGUGACUAGUUUGUGA